AUGCCCUCCCAUUUAACUUCAAGCAAUCACGAUUCUGUGCUUACCAAGAAGCGCCGGAAGAUCCGGAAGGGAACAACCAGCUGCUGGGAAUGUAAACGGCGGAAGGUUCGGUGCAGUCUUGUGGACAGCCCCGGUGGCGUCUGUAUAGCAUGUCAAAGACGCAGUACGAAAUGUUUGACUCAAGACUAUCCGGUAGAAGAUGAGGUGGAAAAUGCGCCAGGGGGUUGGCGCAUGGCUAGAGUGCCUGAGCCUAGCAGCCCGGCAGCCGCUGAUUCUCCUGGAGUUGGCCCAAGAUUCCCUUCUCAGCGUAUAAUUGCUGAUUCUGAGCGUGAUAGGCGAUCUAUUUCGACACCAUUGGCAGAUCCUUAUGCGAGCAUCUUUCAGGAGUUGUACGCCAGCUUACCAUCGCGCAAUGAUCUCAGCAUUAUCUGCGAUGUACUCGACCAGGUCCCUAUUCUAUUCUAUGAAUUUAUAACGUGCCCAUAUCCCAUCGUGCAGAAGGACAGUCGUGGCUCCGUUGAAAGUAGAUCAUUUCUCAACAUCCCGGACCCGGUUCCCCACCCGGCUUUGCUAGCAAGGCAUAUGCUGCGAAUUGUGAUGGCACUUCAGUCUCUAGAUCUCAAGAAAUGUGGCGCGAAGCUCACUGGGCUUUCGGAAGCACCGCAGGUGAUGGCAAAGAGGCUGGCCGAAACAGCAAUUCGCCUCGUCACCAGUCGCGACGAGCUGCUUGGCACAGUGGAGGGCAUAGAAUGCGUGAUGAUGGAGGGCAGCUACCAGGCAAACAGCGGAUAUUACUGUCCUGCCUGGAUUGCAUUUCGCAAGGCGAUGACCUUAGCCCAAGUAAUUGGGAUUCACCGACCGGGCCAUUCAUUGCGCUUGCUCGACCGCCGUUGUAAAGUGGACGGCUCGUUCCUGUGGUACCGGGCUACUUAUAUCGAUCGUUUUAUGUGUUUGAUGAUGGGCCGACCUCAAGGCUCGAUGGACUGCAGUAUGGCCACAGGCGGGCCCUUUGAAGCUGAUACGCCGCUAGGGCAACUGGAACGGGUCCAUUGCGUGAUCGCUCACCGGAUCCUGGAGCAGAAUGAUGCGGGGAUAUACUCGGUAGAGAAGGUUCACGAUAUUGACAACCAGCUACAGAAAGCAGCGGAGAUGAUGCCUAGCGAGUGGUGGACAGUGCCGAACAUAGUCCAACUAGACGGCUCUAUCGGCUGGGAGAUGCGCCUCGUAUCGCAGAUCAACCAUUACGGCCUCAUCAACCAACUCCACAUCCCUUACAUGCUACGGUUUGCGAACGCUGAGCAACUACAAAGUUACUCACAAACAACCUGCAUCAACGCAUCCCGCGAGAUCCUUACCCGCUACAUCGUUCUCGGAAACUCCAACAGAGUUGCAUAUUCCUGCCGUGUAAUCGACUUCUUCACCCUCUCCUCAGCCCUCCUUCUCCUCCUAGCUCAUCUCCGCCAACAUACCCGCAGCCCGGGUGAGUUCAGCCCCCUUGCCCACCAGCGCCAGAGCGACCGUGGCAUGAUCUCGCAAACACUAGAUAACCUCCAAAAGACCGCUUGGGUAAGCCAGGACCGGAUAAUUGCCAAAUCUGCCGAUUUGCUGAGCUGUCUACUUGAUAUUGAGGGUGAGGCGGCGCAAGGCUCUGCCACCUAUGUAGUACACAGCAUCGGCUCUCCCGAGGAGGUCAAAGUGGAAACGGAACGCGGUCCCCCGCCACUCACGAGGGGUCUCCGCUUCUGUAUACCCUGGUUCGGGUUUGUCAGGAUUGUACGGGGUUUUAUCCAGCGUACGCCUUCUGCGGCUGAGAUUAUGGACGGCAAGGAUAUACUCCAAUUUCGGCCGACAACGCCGGUGGCCCAAGAUCCACUGGUAAAUGACACAACGAAUCAUCCACCAGCAGGAGAGCCGCCGGCAGUUGGACCGCGAUACGGACAAGCAUCGGCGCCUUCGCAACAGCCGCAGCCAUGGUACGCGGAUGUUGGGCUUGGGGUCGAUGACUGGACAAUGCAGGGGUUUGACAUGUCGUUCUGGAACUACUUCUUCCAGGGACCGAGUCUGAGCAUGCCUUCAGAUGGGAUAGGAAUGGGAAUAGGAAUGUAG